AUGGAAACAAAAAUUGACAUCCCUCCUGGUGAUCCAAUUCCAACACCUUCUGUUGGUCCUCUUGACCAAGACUGUAGUAAGGAAGGUCUUAUUGUGUGUGAUCGUGAAAAGAUCAAUGGCCAGCAAGGAACAAGUUUGGAUACAUUGGUUCGGAUAUGCACCCGCCUAGGGAGUUCUUUAGAAGAAAUCGGCAUCAUCAAUAGCUAUUCAUUGGCUGAACGAAUCAAAGCCAUGGCUGAAGAUGUUCAUCCUUUGUUAGCUGAAGUCCGUGGUAGUGGCCUAAUAAGAGAACUUGAGAAUUUAACCCAAAACCUUACCCAAGCUUCUGAUGAUUUGAGAAGGGUACAUGCAUCCAUUAUGACCCCUGAGAACACUGAACUGAUUCACAGGUCCAUAAACACACUUAGUUUUACGCUGCAGAACAUCGAGGUUUUAUUGACUUAUGGAACUGAUUUGUACGUGAAUGACCUUGUUUUUCAUGAUAUAGUUAUCCACUCAUCUGUGUUGCAUGUACUGGUUUUAAUGGUUGAAACUCUAUGCCUUCAGAAAAAAAUAAAGUUACUGGUCAGACUCAGCACAUUCAAAGUGGUUCUAGUUGAUGAAGCCUUCAGUUGA